GUACUAUCAAGUGCAAACUACCGUCCACGCCCCCUAGCACCGGCUUAAGCAGAAUUCAACAUUUAAACACAAAAAUUGUGAAAUUUUGAAUUUAUAAACAUCCGCAGAUAAGACCCAUUUUGUUAUUUACCGAUUUCACUGUAUGUUUGGUCAGUAAAACGGACAUUUUAAUAAUUACAACCCUAAAGGCUAAAAAAAUUCGACUUGAGCCGUCCCAGGUCAUUACGCAACUUUUCGGUCCUGUCUCGGCCCUUCUCGUCAUUCUUGAGGAAUAAUUGUCGAGUUCCGAAUGUACGUGACGAGUUACAGUUCUUGCAGAAAGAAACAAAGAGUUGCCUUAAAACUGGUAUAUGAUCUAGAUGUCUAAGAUCUACAGAGCAUUGCAACAUGGAGAGACAAUUGUCAAAUUACUUCACACUCAAUUUAAGCAGGGUCGUAACUGCGACCUAGAAAUCAGACUGAGUAGGAAGCAGCUGUAUGUACACAAGUGUCUCAUUGACGCCUUCUUUGUAAAGGCAAGAGCAGAGUUAGAUGAAGACAGAUUUUACCUGGAUUUGUCAUGUUAUUCUACAGAUGUUGCAGAGACACUUCUUGAUUUGGUUUACACUGGAGAUCUAUGCUGUUCUUUGGACCAGGUAGAAAAUGUAUACAAGGCUGCAGUAGACCUAGGAUUUGUGGAGGCUCAGACUGGUUGUAUGACAUAUUUAAGAGAAAGCGGAAUCCAAAAUGUAGCAACAACAGAGGCCAUAUUACCUGAACCAUUUCCUAUAGAGCAUCAGCUAGAGCCUGAACCUAAUGUUGUUAUUAAAACUGAACCUGUUGAUGAUGAACAAAACAUCUCAUCUGCUACAGAGGAAUCAUUAGUUUCAGAGGAUAAUGAGAAACAUAACCUUAAUGAAUAUCGGACAAAAAGUGGCACAGUGUAUUACAAAUAUGUUGAUCCUAACACUGUAUCAAAUGACGAAUUUUCUGCCGACACAGACUCAGAAGAAACCAGUGUAGGUGUAACUCUCAUAAGAAAAGACAGCAAAAAAUCAAAACCUGUAAAACAUGCUGUUCUUGAGAAUUGCAUAAAAAGAGUUUCAAAUGUAAUAAAAACUGAUCGUGAAGCACCUGAUAACAGUCAUGCAACUAGUACUGCAGAGGAUGAACAAGAAGCUCAGAGGAAAGCACGAAUGCUGAGUUUAGGACUGACAAAAACAGUUGAUAAAACUUUUCAGAAUGUAGAAGGAAAUGGGUCUGAAAAACCUGGUAAAAGAAAGCUUAGAACUUGGAAAAAGGUUGAUAAGGAUUAUAUAGAACAUAGUAGUGAUUUUGAUGAUGAUAGUGAUUAUAGUCCUCAUGAGAUUCCCAAGAAAAGGAUUAAACCUAAAGGAAACAGUUUAAAAAUUCUGUCAUCAAGUUUGGUAACUAUAGGAAAUAAAAAUAAUAGGUUAAGUCAAGACGGUGGCAGUAUAAAAAUUGCAAGACAAGAGUUACGAAAUACUGAUGAUGAUGAUGAUGGCAAUGAUGAUGGUUGUGGGGAAACAGCUUAUUUCCCUGCAGCAGGUUCUAUUCCUGACGGGAUAAGAUCAAGCCAAAAUACUUCAAAAAACACUCUUAGAAAAACAGACAGUGACUUAAGAAUAUUUAAUCGGUGGCGUAACGAAAAUCUUCCAUCAGAAACACGAAACAUAGAAGAAAUUGAACCCGACCAACUGAACCAAAUUCUUACAACAUUUUUCAUCACAGUCCGAAAAAAUGACAACACUUCCUACGAGCCAGAUAGUAUAAAGGCCAUCCAAAACUCUCUUGACCGAUACCUUAUAGAGAAGAACUACUGUACAAGUAUUUUGAAAGGCAUUGAAUUUAAAGGUUCGAGGGAAGUUUUGAAAGCCAAGAGGAAACAAUUAAGACAGAAGGAAGGUCUAGGACGGAAGAAGAAUUGUGCAAAGCCUAUUUUGGAUGAGGAAGAAGAGCUUUUGUGGAGCUGUGGUCAGCUUGGUGCACAUAAUCCUGUCAGUCUACUGAACGCAGUCUGGUGGCGCAACAACUUCUUUGGCAUCAAAGGUAGACAGGAGCACAGAGACAUGAGUUGGGGAGAUAUUUCAAUAGAGACAGAUGCUGAUGGACAACAGUAUCUUGAAUAUACUAAAAGAGAUACCAAUACAAAGUUAGAAGAAAGGCUAUUCACUACAAGACUUUAUGCAACUCCAGAAACCCCAGAAAGAUGUCCAGUCAACAUCCUAAUUGCGUAUACUCGUAAACGUCCAAUAUCAAUGCUUCAGCCAGAUUCGCCAUUCUAUUUAAGUAUGUUACCACAAAAACAAAUGAAACCAAACACUUGGUAUAGGGACUGUGCCUUAGGCGUGCAUUCUUUAGGAGUGUUCAUGAAAAAUAUAUCCGAAAAAGCUGGUCUAGAAAAACGCACAAAUCAUUCAGGAAGAAAAACAACUGUCAUUCGUUGGCGUGAAGCUGGUAUUGAAAACAGUUGACCCGGUUAAGAAUAAUAAAGUAUUACGACUACGUCACUUGCACGAUGCAACAUCUUGUGUAAAGAUGCUUUCAUAUUUGUAUAAUGUCAGUUAUCUUGCACCAACAUAAUCAACAAAAAUGUUGUUGUAGCACUGUCGUUACACUGAUAACACUCUGUAACAAAAAUUAAAUUAAAAAUUGUAAAGUAAAUGAAAGUUACAUUUUUCCAAAGCAGGUGUUUUCAGCUUACAAACAUGUUAAGAGUUACAUAUCAAACUAUAGGCGGGAUGAAAACUGUAUAAUAGAAUUUAAAACUUAAAGUGAUUUCAGAGAUAUAAAAUGAUCUGAAAUAACAAAGAAACAAAUUUAAGGGCAGGAAAUGUUAUUAUUAUAAUAUUCCUAGGUCAUGCAAAUUUUAAAUCAUGCAGAGUUUAUAUAAAUUCUAUAUUGUAGUUUUCAAUCUGCUUUAUGUCUGUUUUGUUUGUUUGUUUUAGUCAUUUCGACACUGUUAAGGUAAUGAGGCAAGUUUCCAGCUUUACUAGUGGAGAAAGUCCUCUGGUACACCCUUCUUGCACAAGGGGCCAUCAGAGUAUAACCACUGACUGGGUAAGCUAGCUGGAUAGCUUCCUCACAUGAAAGUAUCCAAAGUCCCUAAUUGAAUUUGAACCCACAGCAAUUUGGGGCAAAUGAUUUAAAGUCGGUGACCUGAACCACUUAGCAACAGAGGCACCCUUUGUAACUUUAUGUGAUAGAAGCUUACACCUUUGUUUUAAACAGUAUUAUGCUUUCUGUACACAACAUUAUCAAUUUAGCAGUGUAGUAGUGUUGUCAGUAGUAUUUUUAGCUCGAGUACUCGAAGAAUAGGGAGAGCUAUUGCACUCACCCAGGCGUUGGCAUCACACUUUAGUUGAGUUUUUGGUGCAAGUUGCUAUCUCCAAAACUACUGAAGGGAAUAGGUAGAAACUUCAAACUCUUAUUUGAGAGCAUAAAAUGAGUUCACUUUUCGAGGCCCAUAACUGUAACAUGGUGUUUGAGUUAUUGCCCUUUUUGAACAUAGAAAAUUCUAUAUUUUAUAGGCUCUUGUACCAUCAAGCAAGGCUCUUGUUUUACUAUCAAGCACUGAAAAAAGUUGAUCAUGAUGUCUUACAGACAGCUUUUGUUUGAUUUUACAAAAAUACUUGUGUGUUUUCUUUAAUUUAAUGUAUGUGUUUUUUUCCCCUUAGAAUUGAUGGUGUAAAAUAAAGGGGGCAUUGUUGAAUAUAUAUGUUAUACUGGUUCUAUUGCAGUUGGUAGAACACUACAUGAACACUAUGUACUCGACUUUGUGUAAAAACAUCACAGUAUUGGAAGUGUUUAUGACUACAAUUCUUUUAACUGUUAUCACAGAUUAAAAACAAUAAAAAAAACAAUCAGUGAAGAAAGAAUUUUCAUUUACAUGUAUUAUGAUAUAGUCAAAUUAAUAUUUCUGUUGAUUGAAUCUAUGGUUAGUAAAUAUUUGUAAAGAAAUUAUGAUUUGAAUGUUGUGUUGAGUACAAUUUAUCAGGUAAACUUUAAGGUUCAAUAUUGUAUAAUUCAUAUUUUUAUGGGAAAUUUUAUAUUCAUGUUAUAACAAAGUCUAUCUCAUUAGAAUUGCAAUAUUUUUGUAUUUAAUUUUUUAACCAGGUUUUUUCAAAAAAAUCUCUUGCUAUUAGAUGGAUGCAUAUUUCUGGGCCUACUGUGGACAUUUUAUAAACAAUUAAUUGCUUCUGUCUGCAUUUCCUGUUGUUUAAUGACAAGGGAAAUUGAAGUAUUGAGCAUAAAUGUGUCUGCUUUGCUAAUGUAUCCUAUCAUUGAGCCACCUCACUUUUUUCCUGUGCCCUUUAAAGGUAUUGUUUUGAAACUUGAAUAAUUUGGCAAAGUAUGUACUUCUUUAUUGAAUAGUGAUUAUUAUGAAACUGUGUUAGGAAAUGAUACUAAAAUUCUGUUUAUAUUGGAACUAAACUUGGUUUACAAACAAAAAAUGCACUAAUACUAGUUUUGUAUUUUUAAAAUCUCAUGUUUUUUUUGUUGUCAGUGACAAUAUGUUGUAAAAAUACAUCUCAUUUAUUCUAGUCAGCAGUUUUAUUACUAAUGUAGUAUUGUUUUUAUAUGUUAAUUUAUGAGUUACAUGUAUAUUUUGACAUUAUUAAACAUAAAUCAGUUCCUGAAAGAAUUUGUGUCACCAUUGUUUUUGUUGUAAAGUUAUUGUUUUGGUGUAUAGAAAUAAAUAAAAAAUAUGAACUUAA